AUGAUUGCUGAGGAGCAGGGACGUGGCCAGUUUGGUAUCAUUCACCGUUGUGUUGAGACCAGCUCUGAGAGGACAUACAUUUUCGACAAGGUGAGGGGUGCAGAUCAAGCAUUCAUCAAGAAAGAAAUUGCAACACUGAAACUGGCCAGACCCAACAACUUCUUGUGUCUUCAUGAGUCCUUCGACAGCACUGAGGAAUUAGUCAUGAUCUAUGACUUUGUCUCAGGUCAAGACAUCUUUGAAUGCCUCGGCACAGCCGACUGAGCUGAAUGAGUGUGAAAUCACCAACUACAUCAGACAAGUAUGUGAAGCUCUUGAGUUCUUACACAACAAGAGUUUUGGUCACGUUGACAUCAGACCUGAGAACAUUGUGUACACCAUAAGAAAGGGCAGUAAAGUCAAGAUCAUUGAGCUAGGACAGGCAAGACACCUGACUCCUGGGGACCAGAUCAACAUUACAUUACAUUUUAGUCAUUUAGCAGACAAGGUUCAGUACACUACAGCUGAGUAGUGCUCCUGAGAUUCACCAGAAUGACAUGGUCAGCAGUGUUACUGACAUGUGGCCAGUUGGUGUUCUAGUCUAUGUCCUUCUCAGUGGACUCAAUCCAUUUACCGCCGAGACUCAUCAGCAGAUGAUUGACAACAUCUCAAAUGCUGAGUACAGUUACGACGACGAAACCUUCAAGGUGCCUACUGUUGAAGCAUUAGACUUUAUCAACUGCCUUCUCACCAAGGAGUGCAAGCACCGGAUGACUGCUGCCCAGGCUUCAGAACGUCCUUGGCUGAAGAUGCCAGCAGAAUAA